CAUUUCGCUCCCCUUUUCAAACUCAUCCCUUUGAUUGACACGGAUACAAUCACAACAAAUACAAAAUAGUAUGACAGAUAUAGGCUGGGGCAACUUAGCCCAGUAUGAACAUUACGGACGAGUAGGUGAUAUAGAGGAGGACUUUGAUAUAAUUUCUUAUGAAGAUUCAAAAGGAGAACCCUAUUCAUCAUUCAAACAUGCCUCUCAUGCCAUGUUAUUUGCUAGGAAUGACACUGUAUUGUGGGAUUUAUACAAAUCUAGAGCAGCUAUAAUGAUGCAGAUGAGAUUUGAUGGUUUACUUGGGUUUCCAGGUGGAUUGGUGGAUCCAGAUGAAAAUCCAUUGGAUGGAGUAAACAGGGAACUAGAGGAAGAAAUUGGCCUUGACCUUUGUAAACACAAGCUCCAAGAUAGUGAUCAGGUGGUGUCAUUUGUGAACAAAAGGAAAAACUUAGUUUUGCAUUUUUAUGGGAAAGAAGUAACUGUAAAUGACUUUAGUGAGAUUGAAAUGAAAACUUUAUCUGCACCUGAUUAUGGGAAUGAGACAUUAGGAAUGAUUCGUCCUCCCCUAUAUACAAUGGGAGAUGGGUACAGGGGACUUCCAGCAUUUCUGUCCAAUAGCUAUGCAGGAAAUUCCAGACAAGAGCUUUUGAUUGGACUACAACAUUUUAAAAUUUUAGAACAAGACCAGAUUGAAAAGGCAGUAGAUGCUUGGAAAACAUUCAUGAAAACAAACAGACAAACAUGUGGACUUACUAAUACUGAUAGUUGAUGUUGUUAGUAAAUUAGAGAAUUAUAACUUUUUAUUGGGUUUUAAAAACUAUUUCUGGACCAAUGACAGUGCAAUUUUUUAAUCAAAUUUGUGGGAUACUUUUUCUCAAUAUCUCUUUGUUAAGUAACCAUUGCAAGUAAAGGCAAUGUAAGAUGUGUAUUUUAUAUUUUUUUGUGAGUUUUGAUAAUUAAUUGUUAUUUACUAUAUGGUUAUUAGGACCAAAGAGAGACAAUUUGAGAGAAAUUUCAAAUUAUCUCCCUUCAAUGAUAUAUUUGGGUAUAUAGUAUUGACUGACGAAUUGUUAUACUUAUUUAAUAUGAUGGAUAUAUUGCUGGGUUUUGUAAUUAAUAUGGAGGACAAAAUUUCCCAAUUGUACUUUUGGAAGAGUUUUAUUAUGAUAAAAUAUUAUUUAUUCUUGCUGGUAUAUAUAUAAACUAAUUUUCAGAUGGUAAUUCAAAUAAGGGUGGGAUGUCUGUCUACAAUGUUAGUGUCUGAUAAUUUUGAUAUAUAUACACAAAGAAACUUUAUUAAGGCUUCCUGAAAUGUUAUUAUUACUUCCUGAAAUGAUAUUAUUGCUUCCUGAAAUGCAGUGUGUUUUAAUGUCCACUUCUUGUUAAAGUCAUAAGAAACGAGUGACCGGUGAAAAAUAAUAUUCUUCCAAUUCUUGAACCAAUGCAUACAAACAUCAUAAACUUAGUCUUCUGAGCACGAAUUUCUCAUUUUUUUCGUGUAAAUUUCGUAUAAUCGUCAAUUUUUCUUCAAUCAGCCAGUGUUGGUGUGAAAAUAUGGCAGGUAAUUAAAGUUCGUGUUUUGAAUCCGAAGUUUAACGAUUGUCACCUGUUUGUCAACAAUCGACAUAAAAUCAACAAAAAGCAUGGAAAGUGAGCAUGUGUUUAACAUGUAAAUUCAGAUAAUAGUUUAUUUUAAGGACAUUCAUGCGUAUUGUGAUCACCGGAUUUUUACGAGGUGGGUCACACUGAGGUCACUUUGCAUACGGAAAAUAUGUCGGGGGAAUUGCUUGCUAGAAGCAAGCAAAUUAAAAUAAAGUAAACUUCUUCUAAAUAUGAAUAAAUUAAAGAAUUUUCUUCAGAAAAAAGUAUAUGUACACAAGUUUUAUAAUGAAAACUAUCCAUUGAGUUAUAAAUAACAUAUGCAUUAUUUUUUUUUGAUUUGAGGUUUCUUAUGACUUUAACUAUAUGAAUGCCAAAUUCUUUAAUAUUCUUACAUGAAAUGACCAUGUUUGAAAUGAUAACUUUAUUCUUUUUGGGAACAUACAACUAUGACUUUUAAGAAUUUGAUAUUCAGCCUCCUAGGAGCUUAACUUACAGAGUAGUACAUUUUUUUUUUAUGACAUCCAAUUGCUCAGAAAAAUUCUAAUUACCAAAUACAUAUAGGAUAUAGUGGGGUACCAUAAGUACAUUCUCUCACAGUCAUUCUUGUUAUUGUAGCAGUAAUGUAGAUAAUUCUAUGAUUUUUUAGUCUGAUAAAAUAUCUUUCCCUUAAAGAACUUUUUUAUUAUUUGUAUAUUAAGCUUCGUUUGUCAUUAUCACCAGCCCAGUAGUCAGCACUUCGGUGUUGACAUGAAUAUCAAUUAUAUGGUCAUUUUUAUAAAUUUUCUGUUUCAAAACUUUGAAUUUUUCGAAAAUCUAAGGAUUUCUUACCCCAGGAGUAGAUUACCUUAGCCAUAUUUGGCACAACUUUUUGGAAUUUUGGAUCCUCAAUGCUCUUCAACUUUGUUUUUAUUUGGCUUUUUAACUAUUUUGAUCUGAGCGUCACUGAUGAGUCUUAUGUAGACGAAACGCGCGUCUGGCGUAUAAAAUUAUAAUCCUGGUACUUUUGAUAACUAUUAACAUUACAAAUAGUCCAAUACAUUUUUAAAGAUUUUUUAUUUGUGUAUAUCAGUAUUUACAAAUUUUUUUAAGCACAAAAUCCAUGUUAUAUUUAUUAUUCCAGAAAACAUUGUUAUUUUUUAUGUAAUACAGUUUAAAAAUAUAUAACAGAAAACUUUGAUAAACUCUAUUUAAUUGAUUUUCAUUCUGGAAGUUGUUACAUUUUGUUUUAAUUGUCAUGCCUGCAACUUUUGUUGCAGAAAGCUCGACAUAGGGAUAGUGAUGCGGCGGCGGUGUUAGCUCACUUCUUAAAAGGUUUAUAUUUUAGAAGAUGAAAGACCUGGAUGCUUCAUACUUUGUUUCUAGAUGCCUCAUGUUACAAAGUUUCCGUCAGUCACAUGUCCAAUGUCCUUGACCUCAUUUUCAUGGUUCAGUGACCACUUGAAAAAAAAGUUCAGAAUUUUUGUAAUAUUGAAUUCUCUCUUAUUAUAAGUAAUAGGAUAACUAUAUUUGGUAUGUGUGUAUCUUGCGAGGUCCUCAUGCCCGUCAGACAGUUUUCACUUGACCUCGACCUCAUUUCAUGGAUCAGUGAACAAGGUUAAGUUUUGGUGGUCAAGUCCAUAUUUCAGAUACUAUAAGCAAUAGCGCUAGGAUAUUUGGUGUAUGGAAGGACUGUAUGGUGUACAUGUCCAACUGGCAGGUGGCACCUGACCUUGACCUCAUUUUCAUGGUUCAGUGGUUAAAGUUAAGUUUUUGUGUUUUGGUCUGUUUUCUCAUACUUUAUGCAAUAGGUCUACUAUAUUUGUUGUAUGGAAUGAUUGUAAGGUGUACAUGUCUAGCGGGUAGAUGUCAUCUGACCUUGACCUCAUUUUCAUGGUUCAGCAGUCAAAAGUUAAUUUUUGAAGUUUUGGUCUUUUUAUCUAAUAUUAUAUGCCAAAAGUCAACUAUAUUUGGUGUACUGAAAUAUAUUAUGAUCUUAAUGUCAAUCCCACAGGUUUUAUUUGACCAUGACCUCAAUUUCACGGUUCAUUGCACAGUGUUAAGUUUUUGUGUUUUGGUCUAUUUUUCUUUAACUUUAAGUAAUAGGUCAACUAUAUUUGUUGUAUGGAAGCAUUGUUAGCUGUACAUGUCUGCCUGGCAUGGUUCAUCUGACCUUGACCUUAUUUGCAUGGUUUAUUGGUCUUUCUUUAGCUAUCUUGGUUAAUGUUAAGUUUAUGUGACAGUUGUAAUAAAGCUUUAUAUUGAGAACUAUCAACAUAAUAUCAAUGAUUAGUAAAGAAGGCGAGACAUUUCAGUGUGUGCACUCUUGUUCAUGAAUUAUCCAGAAGACACCAACAAAUCAUUUGAAUAAUCACUGAAUACUUAUUUUUGACUUAAAUAGAACAACUGUUAUUAAAUGAUUGGCAUUAUUGUACUUGUCUAGCAGUAAUGAGAAUCAAAACUAUGAAGUUAAAUCAAAUAUAGUUAUGUUUUUGAAGACUUAUAGUCUGAAGUUUCUAUCAUGCAAAAGUUUAAUUAUUGGCAUAGGUUUUGUUUUUGAAUAAACUCAUGAAUUAAGAUAACUAUUUAUUUAUGUCAGCUGUUUAAGGUGGUACCCAACACCUUCACCAAAAUUGAUUUGGCUCGUUUAAUUUUCAUAAAAUUUUGACAAUGUAUUGACUUUGACCCUUUGACAAAAAUAUCAAAAUUUCAAAAAAGCUUAAUAAAGCCUUCACAACGCAACGUUUAGCUGAUUUUACAGAGUUAUCUCCAUGUAGUGUUAGGUACCACCUUAAAUCUAUUUUGAAUUAGGGAUAUUGAAAUACAUAUGUCAAUUUAGCAAGAAGUAUCCUGAUAUUAAAUCAAAGUGAU